AUGAGAAAUUCCCGACCUGGAUGCUUUGCGUUUCUCAUUCUCCUCUACAAUUGGUGGAAUGAGAGUUUGAUUGCGCACGCCUCAGAGGUCAAUGUUACAGUGGACGAUGCAGACCCGUCCAUUCUAUAUGUGCCCUCUGGUUCAUGGCACUCGAAUUUAGUGCCCUGCUCAUUUUGCCUGGAGCCUGAUUCCAGCCUCGCCUACCAGAAAACGUUCCACGAUGGGACACACAUAAUACCUACCGUCGACGGGGACGACUUGCCAAGCUUGUCAAGUUCGCAAGCACCACGUUCCACCAGCACGGGGAACGCAGCGACGAGCUCUGCCAGCUCACGCAUACCAACUUCUACCUCCCGGGCUCCUUCUCAAGCACCACGACCAACCACGCAGACGACCACGCAGGAUAAUGACCACGAUGACGAUGACGACGACGAUGACCACGGAAACGAUGGACCCUCGCAUACACGUCGGCAGGAACAGGAGUUCAAUCCUUUUGCAACGUCCAAGUUCGACGCUGAUGAUCCAGAGUUUGUGGAUCAGCCUGUCUUUGUUCAAUAUAAUUUCACUGGUACUGCGAUAUACAUAUACUGCCUUCUUCCCGAGGCAGCGGCGCCUCCAAAUACGAUGCCAACAACAGUGAACCUAACCUUCACUCUCGACGACCAGACGUUCGAUCCGUACCACCAUACGGGGGAUAGUUCGGAAUCAGGCUUUCUAUCCAACGUCAAUGUCUUCUUCGCUGAUGGCCUUGCCAACGCCCCGCACACCGUACGUGUGGACAUCGGCCCCAACUCCGUCUUCCUCUUUGACUAUCUGGUCUACACGCAAGUCCGAUCAACGGGAGAUGCGGAAUUGAGUAACUCUGAUGACGCCGAGAAACACCACAACAUUGCAACAUUCGCCGGAGCGGUUGGUGGAAGUGUCGGCGUCCUCGCCGUCUUCGCUGCAGGGCUUGCUAUCAGUAUCUACUAUCGUCGUGUCCGGUCGGCCAGACGACUACGUAGAGAAAGAGAUAAUGAGUCUCUUCACACCGAAGGAUCCGAGGAUUCACCCCGUAUGCACGGACCUGCGCCUUUUGUGCCCCGGUAUUUCCCCGGAACAGUACCGACUGCACCACCACCAUAUAUCCCGAGCACGUCGAGAUCGUCCUUAUCUUCCCCUGAUUCGUCACCGGUAUCUCCCUAUUCACCCUUAAUGUCCAGCGCCUCGUCUAUACCAGUGACAAUGCCCUAUGCGGACCCCCCUCCCGCUUUGCCGCUUGGGUUAGAAGAUGUUCUACUCGCCGACGACGUUCCAUCAGUUCCUCCGCCGUCAUUUGGUGAAGCAAUCGCUUCUCCAUUGAGGAUCCCUCUUGCUUUGCCGCCCCCACCUGGAAUACCAUCCCCUGUCCUUUCGUCCAUAUCAAACAGAUCGAUAACGCCGGGGACUUCUGAAGGGGUAUCAAACGGCGAGCCUCCUUCGUCUUCUCCGCCGCCGUUUACUCCUUCAGAAUCUCAUUCAAAUCCUCCGGCGUUUUCUGAGGACUCGAGUAGAACACCGGAGUCGAGACCUCCCUCAAGGGGUUCUAUAACGGAUCCGGAUCAUGAGGUGGGCAUAGCUAGAUAG